GUUAGUGUCGGUCGAAAUCGCAAAGCGUCACACAACAGAGUGCACAAGCAUUGUCUUCAGUAUAGCAGUCGUUCUAGACUAUGGGAGUUAAAGGUUUAUUUUGAGAGGUAUUUUAAUACAAUCUACGCUCAUACAGUAAACAUUGUCCAAUCAAACUGCAGCUUUACGACUUUGUCACUGCGAGACCGCCGUAUCCGAGUGUUUUUGCCAGCACAUGUGUAUUUUCCUUGAAAGAAGAAAAUAAAAAUACUGUUCGGCGAAGUGCUGAUCUGGCCGAAAUACAACGCCAGGGCAAGAAUACGUUGGAUUAGAGCAAAAGACGGAGGGUCUAUUAGAAGUUGUGUAGCUGUACUUUACUUGAGGCUUUGGCAGCACUUAUUGGCAUAGUUUGAAUUUCACAAUGAACGGGAGAUUCCUGCCUUGCAAGGCGGUGUUACCAGUGACGUCACUUAACCGCAGUUUCCUCAAGGACAACAACUACGAUACGGUUUGUGUGAUCGAUGGUUCGCAGGUUCCGGAAGAAUUACAACCAUGUUUCGCUGUUUGCAAAGAUGUUGAUGCGGCCUUCGAUAACGAGGUUUGUUGCUUCAAGUCGAAUGUUCUCGAUUGUCGCAUAGUUUAUGCUCCAAUUGGAAAAUUGACCGAUUUUGAUGAUGUUCGUCGAUAUGCAGAGGCGGCUGGUCGUGCCUUCGCUAGAGCAAUCAAAGCUGGCGCCAAGCAACCAUUGCUACUAAUUCCGAGCAGUAAAGAUUUUGUAGAAGCUGACUUGGUUGCGGUACUCGGAGCUCUAGCCGAAUUAUAUGUCCCUUUGCAGCUGCGAGAGGACGUUCCAAGUAAAACGUAUCGAUUCGAGCAGAUUGGAUUCUACUGCUCGGAAAACAACAAAUUGACAUCUAUUUUGAAGGAAGCUGCCGCUCUGGAGGCUGGUCGUUUUGUUGCCCGUGAUAUCGGUGGUGGUGAUCCGGAACGUAUGUCUCCUCCAAAAGUGGAGCAGUACCUGGAAAACGGUGUAUUCGAUAGCAAUGUCAUAUUUCGUUCAGUAGUGUCCAACGAAACAAUUUUGUUGAGAGAUUAUCCAUUAUUCGCUGCUGUUAAUCGAGCUGCAGCAUCCGUUCCGCGUCAUCAGGGACGAUUGAUAUUUUUAGAGUAUAAAUCUAACAGCCCACCUAAGAAGACAUUGAUCUUGGUGGGAAAGGGUGUAACGUACGAUACCGGCGGUGCAGAUAUUAAGGCUGGCGGAGUUAUGGCUGGAAUGAGCCGUGACAAAUGCGGAGCGGCUGCUGUCGCGGGGUUCAUGAAAGUUGUUGAGCAGAUGCAACCCCAAGGAGUGCACGUGAUCGGUGUGCUAUGCAUGGUUCGUAAUUCGAUAGGAGAAGAGUGUUACGUUUCGGAUGAGAUUAUAACAUCAAGAGCUGGCGUACGUGUGCGUGUCGGAAAUACCGAUGCCGAAGGACGUAUGGCUAUGGCUGACGCUUUAUGUCAAAUGAAGGAGCGUGUUAUUGCUGAAAAUAUGCCAAAUGCUCAUUUAUUCACGAUUGCCACACUUACUGGGCACGCGGUGUUGGCUGUCGGAAACCACUCUAUUGUAAUGGAUAAUGGUCCAGCUAGGGCCACUGGCCAUGGUCAACGCCUACAAGAAGAGGGCGAAAAGAUAGGUGAUCCUUUUGAGAUAUCCAUUCUCAGAAAGGAAGACUUUGAUUUUCACGCCGGUGAAUGUUAUGGAGAGGACGUUUUACAGGCUAACAAUUUACCUUCCAGCAAAACAGUUCGUGGCCAUCAGAGUCCUGCUGCGUUUAUUAUGCUUGCUACUGGCUUAGACAAGCAUGGGCUUAAAUCGGAAUGUCCGCUCAAGUAUUCGCAUCUUGAUAUUGCUGGUAGCUCAGGCAAUCUACCGGAUCCUCCAACUGGCUCUCCGAUUUUGGCACUGGCAAGAACGCAUUUGCAUAUAUAACUCUUCGAAAUAUCGUAUAAGCAAGUAUACGUGGUGUACUUUUAAAACCAUUCGAGCUUUAUUGCAUUGCAAAUCCAACAUCACAACGGUACUUAUGUAGACGAAAAAUACAACACAGAAAGUUUCCAAAACACGAA